CAAGGACGCCAUAAAAACAUCAGCAGUGCUGUAUCCCAGGGAAUGGUCUCAUACAAACAGCAACACUAUCAGCCAUAAUACGCCGCGUCUGAAGCGUUAGUCUUGAAAACUGCACCGUGAUAGAACUUGAAGUAAAAUGGAAAGGAGACACAAAGAUAUUCUGAGGAGAUAUCGUGAUGACAUUGUGAGUGAUCUAUGCGUCGUUGACGUUAUCAACCCACUCAUGGCAAAGGGCAUUAUAACAGACCGACAGAGGGAUGAAAUAAUGCAGCACCUCGUGAAAGAAGAACAGACUGCAAAACUUCUUGACAUUCUGCGAAGAAGAGGCCCAUCAGCAUUUCAAGUCUUCUGCGAAGUACUUAGAAAAGAUUAUUCCUUUCUCGCAGAUCCACUAGAAGAAGCUGACAGGUCAGAAAGGGUCCAAUCGGUAGAGCUGGAAGCAGCUGGAGGGAUCCGACAUCCUGGGUCAUCAUCGUCUGAGAGUUCUGAUGAUGGAAGCACAUCUGACGAGACUUACAGUGGGUUGUCACUCUGGGAACAGUUAACCAUCUACAUGGGCUACAGACCGGCUAAAGACGCCACGUUGAUCACAGGACUCAUCAGUCUCUUAACAACCGUGGAACGGGCCCUGCUUGUAUGUCUUGUCGCCAUCGACAUCGUCAAUUGGGUCCACAACGAACGGUGUAGUCUCGAGGGCAUACUGAAGAGUAUUGUGUUGCCAGUUAUUCUGCAUCCCAACCACAACUUCCUACUGUUUCCGGUACUGGCAUCCUGGUUCAUCGCGGAUAAACUAGACUAUCUUCGAGAUGUCACCAAGUUUAUCAAGAAGACUAAAGAUGCUGUGAGGGAAGGACAAGAAGUGGGGCCAACAGCAAGAGAACUUCGAAAAGCAAUGGAGCGUCAGCGUCGGUACAUGAAAUCCGUGGCAGACGCACUGUUACUACUGGUCUUCCUUCAGUCGUUGGCGUUAUUUCACGCCUAUUACGAACAUGUCUACACAGGAAUGCAAUUCAGAAUCAACAUUUCUGACGAAGCAAAUGUCAAUGGAGCAUUGUUUUGUGUUGGGUUGUUUGAUGUACUGUUGAAAGUGUUCGUUUAUGUCAGGUACUAUCAUGGACGGAACCCGGAAAUGCUGCUAGAGCGAUUUGACGUGAGCUAGCCUCAGAAUAAUCUCCAAGCAGAUCCUGCGGUGGCAUCAGAUAGUAUCAUAAGCUUGGGUAAGGAGUUAAGCCGGCAGAGGAGUUUCAUUGGCCACCGCGAAGCCACUGCCUUUGCAGGCUAAACUCCUUCCUAGGCUUAUGAUACUAUCCUGUACCAUCGCAAGAUCUGCUUAAAGAUUAUGACUUUAU